GAAGUUAACUAUUCAAUUUACGGUGGCCCCCGCGCUCCCACGAGCUUACAUGAAUGUCGUGCAAUAAACAGUUUAAUUAAUCAAAAUGAAAUUGCUGACAAACGCACAGAAACUGCUGCUGCUGCUACGCCGCCAAAGAUCGUCAAGAACAACAACAGUUCAAGCACAUGAUCCCUCAGCGGCAGGGCAACCGGCUCUAACCAGUGCCCAACUGGAUGAGCUGGAAAAGAAUGUGGAGCUGCGCCAUCACAGAAACAACGUGCCCCUCAUCCGCAAGCUGAUCGAAGCCUCUGUGCGCGGAGAUCGGAGCGUGGAGCAACAGUUGGAGGAGGAGCUGGGGCAGUUGCCCAAUGCCACACAUCCGCGUCUGCUGGACUACGGGGAUCAGCCGCGGGAGCUGGCUCAGCACGUACAGCGGGAGAUGCCUCUCAAGCCCAAGGAGUUUUCGGAGUUGGCUCGUGCUCUAAACCUGUAUCGCAUGGAUCACCUGGGAAACUAUACGGGUCACAAGAGCUACUACUUGACGGGACACUUGGCCACGUUGGAGCAGGCUAUAAUACAAUAUGCCCUGCAGUCGGUCACAAAGCAUGGCUUCAGGCUAAUCUCUGUGCCGGACAUACUGCCCAAGGAGGUUAUUGAGUCGUGUGGAAUGCGCACCGAAGGUGAACGCACCCAGGUCUACAAGUUGGACACUGGCGAAUGUCUCUCCGGGACAUCGGAAAUGGCACUUGCCGGAUUCUUUGCCAAUAAGGUGCUGCCAGAGGAAGAGCUCCCGCUGAAGGUAACCGCUGUAAGUCGCUGCUACCGGGCCGAGACAUCCGGGCUGCAGGAGGAAAAGGGCAUUUACCGAGUGCAUCAGUUUACCAAGGUGGAGAUGUUCGCCAUCUGUACACCGACUCAGUCCGAGGCCGAGCUGGAGGAGUUCAAGAACAUUGAGGUGGACCUGUUCAAGCAGCUGGGCAUUAAUUUUCGACUGCUCGACAUGCCGCCCUGUGAGUUGGGGUCGCCGGCAUACCAGAAGUACGAUAUAGAAGCGUGGAUGCCUGGUCGCCAGAUGUGGGGUGAAAUUUCAAGCUGCAGCAACUGCACAGACUAUCAAGCCAAGAGGCUGGCUGUAAAAUACCUCCGCGCCAGCGAUGGACAAGUCCAGCAUGCUCACACCAUCAACGGGACGGCGACAGCCAUACCACGUCUGCUGAUUGCCCUGCUUGAGUCGUACCAGAAGGGGGACUCUGUUGAGAUACCCACAGUCUUGAGGCCUUUUAUGGAUGGACAAGAGUUUAUCGCCAGAAGCAAAAGAAUACCCGAAACGAAGCUGGUGAAGUUCAUUAAGGCGGCCUAAUCUUUACACGUUCUUUGUGUGGUAAAUAUUCGAGUCUAAACACUAUGCUAGGGCAUGGCUAUUGAAGUGUUCGCCUAAGGACUGUCUGGAAGAUGCAAAUGAUAACUCUUGUUAUCACGAUUGCUGGAAUUAUUUACCCUUCGACGCCGCCAAAAUAUUUCAUUUUAAAUGUUAGUUGCUUGGCCGUAAUGUAUUCCCAACCGGAAUUGAAUGGUUGUUUG